AUGGCACGAGGACAUCAGAAGAUUCAGUCUCAGCAGAAAAAUGCUAAGAAACAGGCUGAGAUGAAGAAGGCUAAGGGUCAUGAUCAAAAGACUGCAGCCAAAGCAGCGCUAGUUUUUACCUGCGCUGUGUGUAAGGUGAGUAAGAAUUCAAGAUGAAUCAUCCAGUAAAAAAUCUGAGUCAGGAUUAAUCAAAAAGGCUUUUAUUUUUCAUUUGAACUUGUUAAAUCUGCUACAAUGAGACUGUUUUCAUUUCCUGAACUAAAACUGUGUAUUUGUUUGAUUUCUCAUCCUUGUCUGCAGUCCCAGAUGCCCGACCCAAAAACUUUCAAGCAGCAUUUUGAGAGCAAGCAUCCGAAAUCCCCCCUGCCUCCUGAGUUAGAGGGAGUGGAGGCAUGA